ACUUCUCUGUCUUUUCAUUCGCACAGCCUAACUGAAUCCAUCGCUUUUACGUGUGGUGAUCGUCGAUCGAUGUCCUAGGGUGUGUCUAGAUUGCGUUCAAUUGGGAUGAUUGGUUCGUACGUUUUGUUUUUGUGCUUCUUUUUUAUUUUUGUUCAAUUUAUAUAUGUAAAUGGAAGUUAUCUUCGGAGUCAUUCGAUGAUUUACGGAAAAACUUCUCAAGUUUUAUCAUCAAAGUGGAAAUGUGAAAGACGGUGAUCAACAUUCACCGCAUUACUUCGCGGAAACGAGGCUAAUUCACCAUAGGCUUUAUGUAUUUAAAGACUGAAGUGCCUCCAGAAAUUCGGAAUGAUCGAAAAAUACUGUAUCUCGCGAGUCAGUGUGCUAGAACUGACCAAAUUUUGUUCCAAUUAAAAACAUUCUGAUCUUGGUGAUUCUUUGUCGGUAAUGUGCAUCGGCAAGGUUUUACUUGGAUGUCAGCAAGUUGCCCAUGCUGGGGCUGCAAUUCACGGAAAUCGUGAAAAAACGAACAGAAGUUCGCUUUGUAUCUUUAUGGGCCUCUCAGUGGUUUUGGAAUACUCCGGCUUAUGAAAUUGCGUGCUCAAAAAGUAAAUUAAUUUCAGGGUGCUAACAAAAUUGUGAACCGACUUCGUAUUCAUAAUUCUGGGGACUUCGGAUUCUGUGUUCAGUCGAACGCAUCGGAAAUAAGUAAAGGCGACAAUUUAUCUUCAUUAACUUUCGAUUGUUCACAAUAAAAUGCCUUUCUCGGAAGGGACAAUGAGUUUCUUGAAAGUCUAAUUCCGAGUACUGUGGAAAAAUGUUAUAAAUUCAAUCUGUUUUUAAACAUUAAUUCAUUUGCAGAAUAAAUAGGUAGAAUGUCUACUCCGAACACGCUCGGUGGAUAUAUACGUUUCCUGCGAGUUGUGAGACAAGUUCGUGUUACCCAUAACGUAAUGAGUACGCAUAGAGUGCCUGUUUCUGGUGGACCAGUCGAAAUGAGAAUGCGGAGCAAGUUGAUUGAUCAAUUGGAACCGGAGCACAUUGAGAUACUGAAUGAGUCCCAUAAACACAACACGCCACCGGGAGCAGAAACUCAUUUCAAAGUUCGAAUUGUUUCUGAAAAGUUCGACGGAAAAUCAUUAUUGAAGAAGCAUCAGAUGGUCCACGAAGUUCUCAAAGAGGAAUUGGAAGCCGGUGUACACGCCUUGUCGAUUGAGGCCAAAACACCUUCAAACUGGGACAAAAACGUGCCAUUGGAACCUUCACCUCCAUGUCGCGGCGGAUUCGGUCUGUAA